AUGGCAUCGCAAGCAGACUUCAAGGACCGGCAGUUCCUCGCCGUCAUCGGGGACGAGGUGAGUGCGUCCGCUCGGCCGAGCGAAACGAAGCCGCCGCGACGGCCACCGAGGCAUCGGCCAAGGCGUCAAGCGACUGACGGCGAAUCCCCUGCACAGGAUUCGGUGACGGGACUGCUCCUCGCAGGCAUCGGCCAUGUCACAGCCGGCGCCGAUGCGCAAAAGAACUUCCUUGUCGUCGAUAGCAAGACGGACAACGCGACCAUCGAGUCGGCCUUCAAUCGAUUCACCCAAGAGAGGAAAGAUGUCGGCAUCGUGCUGAUCAACCAGCACGUUGCCGACAGAAUUCGACACCGCAUCGACACGUACACCGCUGCCUUCCCCACCGUGCUCGAGAUUCCCAGCAAAGAUCAUCCGUACGACCCGGAGAAGGACAGCGUGCUGAGACGAGUGCGACGCCUGUUUGGCGAAUAA